AUGAGGAGGGAAUUCGAAUGCAGGCGUGAUCCGGCGACCAACGUCGUCGUGGUGGCGGCGCUAUUCUUCGUUGCAUGUGCGGCGCUCCUGGUGGAGAAAGCCUGCGGCGGGGAAGAGCCGGUGACGGAGCUGUCCAACGGCUUCACCGCGACGCAUUCCGCGGACGCGCCGGGGCGGUUCGAGCCUUUUCUCUACGCGACCAACGGCGUCUUCGCCCUCGGCUUCCUCCGCGUCGGCGCGUCCUCGCUGGACCUCGCCGUGGUCCACCUCCCGUCGUCCUUCCCUCUCUGGCGCGCCACGCCGGCGCGCCUCGCGGACUGGUCGAGCCCGGCCACGCUCUCCUUCGACGGCCGCCUGGUCCUUGCCACCGGCCCCGGGGCAGGCACCGUGCUGUGGAGCACCCUCAACCCCAUCGGCGACAACGUCAAGCUGCUCAACUCCUCCGAACUCAUCAUCCGGCUCUUCGACGAGCGCGGCACGCCGUGGCGGAGCUUCCACAGCCCGUCCGACACGCUGGUGCUGGACCAGAACUUCACCCUGUCGACGCCGCCGCUCAUCUCCGAGAACCGCCGCUUCGCGCUGCGGCUCGGCAAGACGUACAUGGCGCUGCACAUGGAGUUCUACGGCGGGCGCACGAGGCCCAUGUACUGGCAGCACACGGCCCUCAUGGCCCAGCCGGAGAACGGCACGGAGCCGCCGGUGUACGGCCGCCUCGACGGCCGGGGCUUCUUCGGGCUCUACCUCCAAGGCGGCAGCGGCAACGAGAGCGUCGACAGGAUCGCGUUCGACACCUUCCCCCGGAACCUCACCGGGGCCUUCCGGCGGAUGACGCUGGACGACGACGGAAACCUCCGCGCCUACUACUGGACCGACGGCUCCAAGGACUGGACAUCCGACUACCAGGCCAUCUCGGGGCAGUGCGAGCUGCCAACCUCCUGCGGCGCCUACGGCCUGUGCGUCCCCGGACAAGCUGCGUGCCAGUGCCUCGUCAACAGCACCACUGACGGAACUACCUCCCCGCCGUGCGCCGCCGUGGAGACCACCGACCUCUGCGGCGCAGGGCAGAUGUUCGACGUGGUGCGGCGGAGCCGGGUGUCGCUGGCGUACAAGGAACGGGUGCCGUUUGAGACGUACAAGACCGUAGCGGAAUGCGAGGAGUCGUGCGCUGAAGAUUGCACCUGCUGGGGCGCGCUGUACAACGGCGCGAGCGGGUACUGCUACCUCAUCGGCUUCCCCGUGGAGACGGUGGUGUACGAGGCCGACGACCGGAAGGUGGGCUACUUCAAGGUCAGGAAGGCGCGUCAGAGCGCGGCGCGGGCGCGUACCAUGUCGCCCGGCGCGACCGCCGCGACGGUCGUGCUGUCGCUGGUGCUGGCCGUGGCCGGGGCGUACGUGGGGUACUGGCUGUGGGAGCUCCGGCGCCGGCGACGGGCCGGCGGUGUGGGGAUGGAGCAGGAGCUGACGCCGCGACCCUACAGAGACCUCAAGUCCAUGGACAGCUCCAACAACUCCUUCAAAUCGUGA